AUGCCACGCUUAUUGACACCUAAUCAAGCCUCUAAGUUGUUACCAAGUACAGCAAACAUACUUAAACGUGCUUGCUUCUCUACAACUAGUAUAGCGCGUGAAUUACAGCAACAACAGCAUCAAACUGCAACCAAAACGACCCACUUUGGCUUUCGAGAUGUCGCCGAAGAAGAAAAAGAAUCUCUAGUUCAUAAUGUCUUUGCUAACGUUGCUGGCAAAUACGAUGUCAUGAAUGACGCCAUGAGUAUGGGUGUGCACCGUAUUUGGAAAGAUGAGUUUAUUCGCUCUAUGGCACCAGGCCCUGGUACCAAGCUUUUAGAUGUUGCUGGAGGAACUGAAUAUUGCAAAAGAGUCCACGGCGACAACACUGCCACGGUCAAACUUGUUGAUAUCAAUGAGCACAUGCUGGCAGAAGGAGAAAAGCGGUUUAAAAAGACACCAUUUGCGAAUACCAAUCAAGCUAGCUUUUUAGUACAAAAUGCUGAGAACCUCACUGAUAUUCCUAGCGAAUCAGUAGAUGUAUAUACCAUAGCUUUUGGUAUUCGUAACUGCACACAUGUAGAUAGAGUUGUGAAGGAAGCAUAUCGCGUUUUGAAGAAGGGUGGACGAUUUAUGUGUCUUGAAUUUAGUAGGGUUGACAAUCCAUUAAUUGGAAAAUUAUACGACAUAUAUUCAUUUGAUGUAAUACCCGCAAUCGGACAGGUAAUUGCUGGUGACCGAGACUCUUAUCAAUAUCUCGUAGAAAGUAUUCGGAAGUUCCCCCCUCAAGAGAAAUUUGCAGAGAUCAUCCGUGAUGCCGGGUUCAAAACAGUAGGCAAAGGUUAUGAGGAUCUUACAUUUGGUGUAGCUGCAAUACAUAGUGGAUUCAAGAUUUAA